AUGAGAGAGAGAGCGAGCGAGUUGCCACCGCCGGCACACACGCCAGACCCGGCAAAGGCGCGGUCGCCGCCGCCGCCGCCUCCCCUCCCCGGAGCGAUCCUCGACCUCACAGACUCGCUCCUCCGCCGCUUGCAGGACUUAGAGGACUAUCGGAUCCCGCAGCUGGCGCAAUGCAGGGGCCCAGUCACCUUCCACGAGGAGCUCGCGGCGGGUGUGAGGGCAGAAUUGGCGGGUUGCAAGCGCGACAUUGAGGAGCUCAAGCUUGAGGUGGACGACCUCGACAGGGCCCGGGAACGGGCGGCGGGCGGUGAACACGUCAAGCAGGUUCAGCAGCGACUUGACGGCUGCACGAAGCUGUACCGGCAGGCCGUCGUGACGUCGAAGCGACAAAUUGACGCCUCCGCACACCUGCUCGCUCGGGAGGAAUUGUUCGCCUCGGUCAGCGGAAGGGGUUCACCAGGACCCGGUUCACCUGGAGGAAGCGCGCAGAGGGGCGCAGGACCGAACCAGACCUCCGACGAUGCCCUCAUGUCUGCGACUUCGGACGUCACCGAGGGCUUGCGAAGAACGUUGCAGCUCAUGCAGCAGGAGGUGGACCGGUCACUCGUGACGAACGAGAUGCUUCAGUCUCAAACGCAGACUAUGGAGCUGACCUCGACCCAGUACUCCACCCUCUCGACUCUCCUCCACACCUCAAAAACGCUCAUCACCUCGCUCGAACGCGCCGACGUCCUCGACCGCCUCCUCCUCUUCUUCGCCUUUACUUUCUUCGCCGCCGUCUGCGCGUACAUCUUCAAGAAACGUGUCGUUGACCGUGGUGUACGGGUCGUGGGCGGAUUGGGAGGACUCGUUGCGAAGGGCGGAGGAGCGUUGGCGGGGUUGUCGAAGCGGCAGGGAGCGGGUGGGGCGGACGUCCCUUCGCCGAGCGGGGUCACGGGCGAGGCCAGCAAGGUGGUCAGGAAUGAGGUCAUGGGAGAGGUAGCACGAGCGACUGCCGCUGCAGGUGCGGCUGUCAGCGCUGUCUGGGCGGGCGUCGAGAAGGUCCGCGAGAGGGCUUCCAAGCCGCAGAAUGCCGAAGCGCAGGAGCAGGACGACCGCGAGGCGUUCGAGGACGUCCCGUCGCGAGAAGAGGAGGUCGAGCACGUCGCUGCGCCCGUUCAGGCGCCGCCGUCUCCUUCGGUGGAGCCCGAAGGUCAGGACGACGAGGCGGACGACGAAUUCUUCGACUUUGCUCCGGACGAGCCUUUCGAGAUGCCGACUCCCGUCGACGAUGCAGCAUUCUUCGACGAGCCCGACAGUCCCGUCUACGCCGCCCCGCUCGAAUCCUUCUCCGACGAAGCGCUCGUUUCAUCUUCUGCACCGCCUCUCCCCGCCGAGUCGACUACUAUCGACAUCCCUUCUUCAGCGAUCUCUACACCUUCCGCAGUGCCUGAAGCCGACUUGCCCCAACCCGCCGCCCAACUCCCCCUCGACGAAGUUCCCGAACCUUCAGAAGGUCGCGGGCUCUUCGAACGCGGCGACGCAGACGCGCAUAGCGCUCCGCCUGUGCCGGCUGCGGACGGGGACGAGUUCGAGCCGGUCUUCUUGCGCGAGGAACGCCCGCCGCAGCCUACGAUGGAGCAUGUCGAGGAUGUGUUCGAUGGUGGAGCGACAGAGGAGGUUCUGGACGAGGCAGGAGAGGCGGAGCACCUGGAAGCAGACGAGGAGCUGGGAGUCGCGGGUGAGGACGAGGAAAUGGCUGAGACGGGCGAGGAGGACAAGGUCUUUGACCGCUCGCAGUACGAACCGUUCCGACCGAAUCGUCCAGAUCUCGACGAGCAGCUCGGCGACAUCAAUCGCAUCGUCGAGGGCAACGCGGUACCUCCCGCCGCCUCUUCCGACGAACCAGUCGCAGACCUUCCUCCUUCCGCUUCGCUCUCCACCCUCGACAUUCCCGAGUCGACCACCAUCCCUACGCCUUCCUCUGUUCCCGACCUCGAUACCGGCAUCGACCUCCCAACCGACUACUCCGACAUCGACGAAUCCGCCGCCCCUCUCCACCCCGUUCGCGUCCCUCUCGAGGAGACCGCACCUUCUAACCGCGAUUACGUCGCGAUUGUCCACGAUGCCGAGGAGGCGGAAGAACCGCGAGACGUUGCGGGAGUUGAGGGCAUCACCGUCCCGCUUGAUGCGGAGGAGGUGCACGCCGGUACGGUGCCGCCGCUCGACGUCGAGGAGAGUGGCGGAGAUCCCCUCGCGGUCGAAGAUGAAGCAGGUGUCGAGCACCAGACGGAGCUCCCGAUCGACCUUGCGGCGGAGCAGACGCUCUGGGACGUGGACGAGCAGGACACGCCGGAUGUUGAGGAAGUCUUGGCCGCUUCGGAGCCCCCACAGACUGCGAAUGAGCCGUACGUCGAGGAGGAGCAGGCGAAUGAGGAGGAGUUGCUCGAGCAGAUGUUGGAGCAGCAGAUGGGCUACGGCGGUGGAGUCGGCGCGAUCGCGGCUGCGAACGCGACGGCGCCUCUCGAGGAGGCCGCGAAGGAGCCGGCUGCAGCUGAGCCUGCGGCGGACGAGCAGGAGGAGCCCGCGGCGGAGGACGAGUAUGAAGAGGCGGAGAAGCAGGAAGAGGCGGACGUGGAUUCGGCGGCCGAUGUCUCCAACUCAUCUCCUCUCGGCGAGACCGAAGAGGCCUCUGCGGACGAGGCAAAGACGCUUGAAACAACGAGCGAACCCUCCGCCACCGUCGCCGCUGAAGAACCGACCGUCGCUAAGGCCGUCGAGCUGACUUCCACUCCUCUCGACGAGUCUCCCGCCACGCCUGAACCUCCCGUUCCGACUUCGACUUCUGAACCUGAGCCGGAGUUUGUCGAAGAGCCUGCCGAUAACGGUGUCGAGGAGGAAACGGCAGCUCCCGCUGCGCCGCCGUCUGAAGCGGAGCCGGCUGCGACUGCUACGCCAACGGCCGCUCCUGAAGCACAGUUGGCGGAGCUGUCGGAGCGAAGCGGCGAGGAUGGAGCAGUGGAGGAGGCAGGACAUGCGGAGCUCGAGGCGGACGAGGAUAUCGACGAUGAGGCUUCCUCAGUCGACGACUCCGCCUACGAGACGCCUGACAAGCCCUUCGGCGUCCCAGAUGCGCCUACAGCCGCUCCUUUCCCGCCUUCCGAGCCCGACAUAGUGGAGGAGAUGGUCACCCCAUCUCCGUCAACCCCUGAACCCGCCCCUUCGACCGUCCACCUCGUCACACCAACACCGACAGUGGAAUCAGUAGUGUCGGCACCUGUCGAGACUGAGUUGCCCGUUAGCGACUCGUCAGCAACGGAGGAGGCAGAGCAGGCGGAGCUUGCAGCGCCGGAGGAGGAAGAGGAGGAGGAGCCGGCGCAUCCGUUCAAUUCUACGGAUGUACCUCACUCCGUGAAGCAAUCGCAGGAACAGCUGGAAGUGGAGGACGCAUCGAUUGGAGACGAGACUUUGGCGGACGACGAGUUUGCCGAGGAGUUCGAGGAGGGUGAGGAGGGUGAGGAGUACGCAGACGAGGACGGCGCAUUCGACGAGCUGGACGGCGAUGAGGACAUGGAGGCGUUCGAGGCGCCGCGGGAUGAGCUGUAG